CAUGCUUAAUCAGGAUUACACGUAUGGCAUGUGGCAUUAAAAUGGAAGAAGUGUCUCUUAUUGAACAUGGAGAUCAUAAGUAGAGUGAACGACGAAAACUUCUCCAACUUCGAAAGAGGCCAUGUGAGGUGACAGAGUUCUGUAAGUUUUGUUGAAAGUCAUAUUUCUCGUCAGACGCAUUAGUGGUUGUGACUUGCGAGUAAAUUAGGGUGCAUUGGAAUUUGGAGCCAAGAAAUUGUCAUGCCGUGGGGAUCUCUGUUAGGGGGAGCGUACGGAUCAUUUAGUAUGCAUGCACAGCAGCGUUACAUGUCACAGCAUUGCACCAGAUUUUUAAAAUAGUGGGAAGGAAUUAAGGCAUUGAAUUCAAUCCAACCACCGCCUAACCAAUGUUCCUUCUGAUUCACACCCACCAGGGUCACCACUUCUUCUAUAUAAGCACCAGGCCUCCAACCCACUUCACUCAUCAGUUUCCGAACUCAACCCAGCUUCCAAGAGUAGUGAUUCUUGAGUUUAAUUCAACAGAAUGGCUGGCUCAGUAGCUGUCAAGGUCUCAUGCCUGGUGUUGAUGUGCAUGUUGGUGGCUUCGCCCAUGGCAGUAGAAGGGUUGUCGUGUGGUGACGUAGCAACCCAGUUGGCCCCGUGCAUCAACUACCUGAGAAGUGCUGGCCCAUUGCCUCCGGCGUGCUGCAAUGGUGUUAAGAACCUCAAAAACUCUGCCGCCACCACACAAGACCGCAGGACCGCUUGCAAGUGCUUGAUAAAUGCUUCUAAAUCCAUCUCUGGUGUGAACUUUGGUCUGGCUGCUGGCCUCCCUGGCAAAUGUGGUGUCAACAUUCCUUACAAGAUUAGCCCCUCCACCAACUGCGACCAAGUGAAUUGAGGUGACUGGAGGAGCGAGGAACCUGUUUAGCAGCAUGAAAAUAAAGCGGACGUUGAGUCCAGUGCUCGGGACUUCACUCCAGCAAGUGACCUGUAGUAUUUGUAGUAAUGUGUGUCCGUGUCCCAUUCUACUUGUUUGCCAUCUAUCUAUCUGCUUGAGUGAGUGAGCGAGUGAGUGCCUAUCCAUGUAAUAAUUAUCCUUACGGGAACCAUGCUGGUCUACUUUUUUCUAUACCA